AUGCUAUUUGUGAAUGUAUGGGCAAUUCAUAGGGACCAAAGAUUGUGGAAUAAACCACUAGAGUUUAUGCCAGAGCGUUUGAUGGAGAAGGAGAUGCAGUUAAACGACAUACAAAUGAGAGGGGAUGACUCCGAGAUAAUUCCUUUUGGAGCAGGAAGAAGAGGACGCCCUGGUGUUUCACUGGUUUGGAAAAUUUUAUGUAGUGCUAGAGAACUCUUCUGUAAUCAUGCUUUUGGCGGAAAGGAACCAACCUAUCGAUAUGAGCAGCUGGUUGAAAGGUUCGUGCAAGUCUGUAGAGAUUUACUCCUCUCACUCAAAGUUUUGGGCAGCCAAGUUUGUGGAAGGGAUGACAAGUAUUGGAACUUAGAAUUGGAAAAAGCUAGGGUUACCCAGCCCAAUGAUGUCAGGCGAUGUCUUAAAAUCAGCUUUGACAAUUUGGACAGUGUGGAGAAACAUAUUUUUAUGGAUAUUGCGUGUUUCUAUAAUGCCAGAUAA